UGCUGCUCUGUAGUACCAGCGUCAGAAACAAGCUCCUGGUCCUCGUGUACUCAGUCUGGGCAGAUGGGGACUGUUUGGUUAACCCAAUUCUAAAUAACAGGAAAUUCAUAUGCCAGCCUUUUAUUUUUUUGUAUUAGUUUUAAAGCGCAGUCAGGAGGGAGAUGGAAGCUCGCUCGAUAAUAGGAGAAAGCACGGAUGCGAUAGUGAUGGAUGGUUCUCCUACAGACGAAAGGGGGAUUCAGCAGCCUUACCAAAGCGAGAUCCCGGCAGUGUCUCUGUGCCCUCCUGACAGCGAGUGUUCAGCCGAGGCCCAGUUGACAGUCAUCCAGUCUGAAGGGGAGCUAUGUGACAGCUGCAGCAGCCUCAACAGACCCUCUUCCUCCUGCCAGCUUUAUCACCAAGUCCCCCAGUGUUCUCAAGCUGGAGCCUACAAUUCGCCACAUCCCCGAAAAUGUCCCCACUGCAGCCACUAUGGUCCAAUCAAGCCAAACACCUGCCGCGACUGUCAUUCAAACACAACAGGUCCUCAUCCUGAAGGAGGCGUCGUGGUGAAAGUGGAACAUAGUUGUACUUCUGCCCAUCAGACGUCUCGUCCCGGCGCGGUGAGAUGUCAUUGGCUGCGAGGGUCAAACGAGAGCAGGACACAGAAACCGACGCAGCGGCAUGUGGUGACAGUAAGUUAUUCCCAGGUGAUAGUGGACUACCCGUUAGCAGUGUUGGUGGGUUGUGCCGUGCUGCUGCUGGGAUGCUCACUAGCGGGACUCUUCAUUGGUCCACUGCCAGACUUCUCUGACCCAAUGCUGGGCUUUGAGCCACGGGGAACAUACAUCGGAGUGCGCCAGGCCAGCUUGUCUGAGCUGCAGGAGAACACUGGCCCGGGGAGAAAACUGUCUCCUUUACCGCAGCAGCUCAGUAGAAGUUUUGGGGGCGCUGUCAGCGGAGACGGCAGUGGCAGCCAGGAUGCCUCCAGGCUUCGCAUCAAGAGGAUGCUGGCCAGAGACUCGUCUCCAGACACGUUCCUCUGUGAUGCUCCAGGCGAGCGUUUGGCUCAGCUGGUGUUUCGAUCAGAAAACUCAGCCAGUCUCUGGAGUCUGAAGGCCAUCCACGCCAUGUGUGAGAUGGAGCAAUCCAGGAUUCGCUCCCAGGCUCAGUUCCAGGACUUGUGCCAGCAGCAUGUGAGGGGGGAGGCCGAGGGCACGUCCAGAGGCGGCUGUUGUCCAAGCUGGUCUCUGGGGAAUUACUUGGCUGUCCUCACUAACGCCUCCUGCUGCCUCAGCCUCACCUCACACCAGGUGUCUGAGUCUUUGAACCUUCUCCGGAAAUGUGGUCCGUACUAUCAUCAGGGACAUCUAGUGGAGGCCUGUGUCGAGAGACCCAAACAUGGCGGCUGUUCCUCUGUCCCGUCCCGCUGUAAACAAUCUCGUGUGGUGUUCCAGAUCCUGCACUUCCUGGUUGAUAAAGACUUCCUCGGCCCGCAGACCGUUGAAUACAAGAUCCCUACGCUGAAGUACAGCCUUCUGUUCUUGCCCGUCGACAAAGGAGAACACAUGAUGGAGAUGUACAUGAACAGUCUUGAGGGCAGGGAGCUGCGGUACAACAACACCACUAUCACUGGCAUGGACUUCGGCAUCAAGCAGAGGCUUUUCAAGUAUUACCUGGCAAGAGAUUCCAUCUACCCUGUGCUGGCGGUUGCCUCUCUUCUUUUCACUAUGGCUCUUUAUCUCCACUCUCUCUUCAUAGUAGCAUUAUCUGUGAUAGCGAUCACAGGCUCCCUCCUGACCUCCUAUUUCUUCUACAAAGUAGCAUUUCGCCUGACAUUCUUCCCGCUAGUCAACCUCUCAGCAGCUCUUAUUCUCUUGGGAAGCUGCUCCAAUCAAGUUUUCGUCUUCGCUGAUUUCUGGAAUCUGCAGCUAUCCCAGAAUCCGUCGGCCUCCCUUGAGAAGAGAGUAAACAGAGCUUUGCAGGAAGUCGGCUAUUUGAUUUUAGCGUCGGGGUUGACCUCCAGCGCAGCGUUUUUCUCUGGUUAUCUCAGCAGCAUCACAGUAAUCAGAUGUUUCGCUGUUUAUCUAGGAACGGCCUCAUUUAUCAGCUCCAUCGUGGCAUUAGUUUGGCUGCCGUGCUCUUUCAUUCUGCGCGAGCGCUACAUAGAAGCGUCCUCUGCGUCCGUAGCAGUGCAGGGAUGGAAACCAUGCUGCUCCAAAAACGCCGGUGGCUUCUGGGAUACGAGCUUGCGCAAGAGAUGCCUCUUCAAACUCGGGCAGAAGCUGAGAGAAUUAAAAAGAGGUCUCAGUGACACUUCCAAUUUGUUAUUUCUGAAAAUCCUGCCUUGUGGAGUGGUGAAGUUUAGGUACAUCUGGGUGUGCUGGUUUGCAGUGCUGGCUGCUGGGGGCACGUACAUGUCCUGCAUUGACCCAGGCAUGAAGCUGCCCACCUUAGACAGCAGGGUUGCCCAGCUUUUCCGCUCCAAUCACCCGUUUGAAAGAUACGACGCAGAGUAUAGUCACAUGUUUAUGUUUGAGAGACAGAGGAAUGGAGAGGAUAAACCCGUUGAGUUAAGGCUUGUUUGGGGUGUCAAACCAACUGAUAACGGGGAUCACUUUAACCCCAAGAGCAAUAGCUCUUUGGUUUUUGACACAGACUUUAACAUGAGCCAGCCAGACGCUCAGGUUUGGUUGAGGGAUUUAUGUGGACGGGUUCAGAACCAAAGCUUUUAUUCCCCUCCGUCACCUGAGGAUAAAGACGUUGUGACAGACAAUAUCUGUCUUGUGGAGCAGCUAACACAGUGGGUGUCUGUCAGGCGGUGCUCAGAAAGUGAUGACUCCCUCCAUUUUUGCUGUAAUGACAUCCCUUUCCCCUACCCGCCCAGCGUGUUUGAGAACUGCCUCAGUUUGAUGCUGGAGGAGAGGUAUGCUGAGGGCCAUCUGGCCCACAGCGGAGGCCUGUACUUCCAGCCAGAUGGCAGGGUCGCUGCCCUCGUGUUGGCAUUCAAAACCACAUACUUCUACAGCUUCAACUUUAGCCGAACCAGUCUUUUAUACAAAGAAAUCCUGACAUGGUUUAACAGAGAAAUGUCAGGCGCGCCACAAGGGCUGGAGAAUGGCUGGUUCAUCAGUCACCUGUCUCUUUUUGAUCUCCAACAAGCUUUAAGCUCAGAGACUCUAGUAGUAGCUGGCUUCUCAGUAGCUCUCACGUUUGCUUUGCUUCUCUUAACCACCUGGAAUAUUCUACUGAGCAUAUAUGGGACUGUGGCUGUAGGAGGGAGUGUUUUUGUCACUAUCGGCCUCCUUGUUCUUCUUGAAUGGCAGCUGAGCGGCAUCGAGGCUCUGUUUAUAUCAGCAGCAGCAGGGCUGUCUGUUGACUUUGUUGCCAACUACUGCAUUUCCUACAGCUUGGCUCCUCAUUCAGACAAAUUUGGCAAAGUAGCACACUCCACAAAAAGAAUGGGAUGUCCCGUAGCAAUAGUUUCUGGUGCAUUUUUCUCCAUGGGGAUCAUCAUGUUGCCUGCCACGGUCUUGCUGUUCCGAAAACUGGGGAUUUUCCUCUUUUUGGUGAAAUGUGUAGCAUGUGGAUUUGCAACCUUCUUUUUCCAGUCCCUGUGUUGCUUUUUUGGACCCCAGAAAAACUGCGGAAAGAUCUCGCUGCCGUGUUUCUCAGAUCACAAUGAUGGCGUGCUGUCCUCCUGCUCGGCAGCAGAGCCCGGUUCCUUGUCAGCUAACGGGGCCUUUGGCAGAUCUAGAGUGAGGAGGAGUUAUGACAAAGAAGCAGGUGACUAUCUCUACCCCGACCACCAUCGUCCCCAGAGACAGAAACAGACUGGAGCAGGGGGAGCUGGGGGCCGAGGACCGGAGCAGUACGAGCUGCAGCCGUUGGCCUAUCGACUGAGCGACAGCUUUGAAAACAGCACAUGCACCAGUAAGCUGUCCAACCGGCCGUCUGUGCUCUCUGAUGAGAUCGAUUACUGUGGGAGGGACGUGGGCAGAAAUAGCAUAGGUGGGGACAGUGAGGAGAUGUGCAGUCGUCAACAUGACACCUGCCAACAGCCUCCAGCCCUUCAGACCUCAUCUCCGUACAGAGAAAAUGCCCUGCGGCCUGAAGGCGUAGCGAAGGACAAGCUGCUGUGUAAAACAUUCAGAGGCCAGUCUGGUGGGGUAAAGGACUGGAGCAAUACAUCGUUCUCCUCAUCUUCCAGCAUGGAGGACACCAUCGUCAGCCACACACUGGAGACCAUUGACCAGCCAUCUCACUGCAGAGACGACCAAACCACAGAGGAGAGCCUCCAUCACCAUCACCACCCUAAUACAGGGAACCUCUGCUCCCUGUCUCAGAGCUCCUGCGAGGGUCUGGAGGACUCUAAUGAAACGUGCCUGAGUGACACUGAACCAGGGCCUUCCAGUACGCAACAAAAUGAAGGCGAAGAAGAGGUUCAGUUACAACCAGGACAUCUAAACGGGAAGAGAGACACACUUCGUCUCUCACUGAAAGAAACCGUUUAUGAGACUAAUAAGGGCCGCACCAGUCAGAGUGAAGAAGCUGUGAUCUUACCCAACAGUAAGCCAGACCUGCCAGACGUUUGGAUCAAGAGAGGUGGAAAACGUGAGGACACAUGCUGAGCAAAGAUGGAGGAAUCUUUGCAAACAAUAUACUUACAUAGGCAUAUACAAAAGUAGCAUACACCAUUACUUUUGAGUAAUAAAGGAAAAAUAAGCCACCCAAAUGUAACAUGUGACAGCAUGUUUGUCUAAUGUUGCUGCCAGGGUUGUUACAGAUCAUGAGUGUCUCCUCAGUGAAAGGUCUAAUCAAAGCAUGACUUGUAAAAAAUGAAAUGAAAGACAAUGAAAGAUAAAGCUUUCAUAGAAAAAAAAAAAAUCAAGUACUGCACCUGCUGCUGCAGAGUUUACUUUGUGCCUGGAACUUUUGUAACAUCUGCACGGACUGGGUUAUAACGAAAUACAGUGUCUCCAUGCAGGAAAAGACCUCAAUGAGCCAUAUACAUUCAUGGACUGAAUACUAUUUGAUAAAUGUGAGAUAAACGGAGAAAGAGCUGCAUUGAGUCGCAAACUAUCACUUCACGAAAGUCAGUUGGUUUUGCACUUGUGGCAACAAUGUGUACAGUAUGUCCUUUGUGACCAUUGCAUAGAAAGCCAGAAAGCUACAGUGAGUAACGUGUCAUUUGUAGUGUCCUAGGUUGGUUGCAUUUAGUGUUUCACUGUCAAAUUAAGAGUCAUGCUGUUUAUUCAAGUGUUGGUGCCAAAUGUUUACGUACUUUACAAAAAGGCAAAAAAGGGUUUUAAUGCAGAUAUAACACUAUGUGUGGGUUUAUACACUGUUGGCAAAUUAAGGAGGAAGCUCUAAUCUCUAUUUCUGAAGCAGUAGUUGUGCAUCACAUGCAACUGCUUCAACAGCUAGCAAUUUGUAUAUAGACCUUGCAGCAGCACUGUUAAGAGAACCUCCAACAGAUAAUCUACGAAGAGGAAAGCCUGUCUACAGCCCACCCCACAGUUGAGAUGUCACAUCAGCUGGUUUUAUGUGCAAAUGACAGUAUUUAUGACAUAAACAGCAUGUGCCAAAUGUCUUUCAACAGGUUGUUUCAGAUGCUGAAACUACAGAAACUCUGUUUUGUGCAAAGAGUGCAUCCUUUAAAAAAGUAAAGAUAAAAGAGAUGUCUAUGGUUCUUGAUAAGUAUAUAAAAAGAGGUGUUAGAGGUGCAGUGAUGGUGGUCAGCACAAAGGCCUGGCAAAGAAGAGACUUCUGUCUGAUGUGCCUAUGAGCAGCUUUAUUUUCCAGCUUUCUCUUUGUAAGUGUUUUCUUUUGACAUCUUGACUGUACAAUCACAAUUCUACAUUGAGCAUUCAUUUUAAAAAUCACUCGGCAGAAAAUAACCUGCCUUAGAGACGGACAAAAUGAUUCACAGGCUUUCAAUCAUCAGACGAACCUAAAGGUCUAGUGUGUGGGAUUGCAACCAACUGGAACUUCUCUGGUGUGCCAAGUGUGUAGGCACCACAGCGGCAGAUGAGAAGACGCUAAAGGCCCCAUCGAGCCAGUGCUCCGUUUGUCUAUUCUGGGCUUCUGUAGAAUAAUGGCAGUGCAAAAGGCAGACCCCACGAAGACGACCCGCUUGUUAUGUAGAUAUAAAUGGCUCAUUCUAAAGGUAACAAAAUUACAAUUCUUAUUGUCAGGUGAUUAUACACUUGAGAAAACAUACUUAUCAAUAUUAUAUUCCAUUUUUGCCAUUAGUUCCUCCUAAACACUACACACUGGGCCUUUAAAGGUGGAGUCAGGGAUUCUGACUCCAGUGAGAGCAAGAGGAUUGGUACAUAUGGAGGGGGGGGGGGGGGGGGGGGUUAUUUCUUUCUCCAGAAUCGCUGACUCCACCUCUACCUCACCGCCACUAUCGUUUACAGGUGUCAAUGUUAACUUUUCACAAAGCUCAAAUAAAAUAAAUCAUUUAUUUUCCUGCAGACUGGCUUUUUAUUUCAGAUCAUGGUUUGAGCACUGGGCAGAUUACAGACUUAAAAAGGAUGAAAUCAAAUUAAAACUAUUUUCUUGACGAUUAAAACAAAAAUGAGAAUGAAUACAAAACCCAUUUUCUAUUUGUAUUUAAGGCAUAAAAAGCUUGGAGCCAAAGGGAACAUAUUUCUACAUUCAGCAUAUGUUAAGACAGGAACAUCUAAACUGCCUCAAAGCAAAACCUCUCAAAGGAUUUCUGAUCAUUCUUUUCAAUGUCUGGGGAAAAAGCAUGCACGAUGGCAGUAACCUAAACACCAAAGUCAUGAGCAUCAGGUCAUCACCAAUCCGCCUCGACCCAGUCCUCUUUGGCCCAAUCGGGUAAACUUGUGGAAUAUUCAAAGUCAGGUCCUUUGUAGCGUAAAGCGUGGAGAUACAUGAUGAGUUCCUUCUCUGUGGGAUCUGGUCGGACCAGCUUACAUUCACUACACAGGUGGUCUCUCGUCUCGGGAGGACUUUUGAGAGUUGUUGCCUCCGUUUGAUUUCCAUUUGAUUUGUUGGGCUGAGUUUUGGGAGAGGAGGCAUCGUUACCGUCUGGGUCCGUGCAGCCCUGACUCACCUUAUCCACCGUCUCACUGCUUGAGCUGCCACAUGCUGGCACAUGUGUGUCGGUCUGAUGACUCUCUGCACUUUUGUUGGGUUCAGACGGGCCAUCUAAUGAUUGUCCUUUCUCAGACGUUUUGUUUUUCUCAGCCUCUUGCUCAAUCCCAUCGUCCGGAAUAUCCAGCAGGUGGAGACUUUCCUGCGAGCGAUGUUCCUCUACCAGGGCCUGAAAGAGCUCCUCAUUACUCUUUCCCACCAGUCCCCCCCUCCCCCUGUGAGGACCCCAGGCCAAGGACCCAUAGAUGGGAUCAUUGAGGAUGGGGAAGCCCAGGUACUGGAGGUGGACCCUGAUCUGGUGUGUGCGACCAGUCACUGGUAAACAGCGGACCACGCUGGUUUUCCCAUUAAAGGUGAGCCUCUGGAAGACGGUUCUGCAAUCCUUUCCCUUCGGAUCGACACGGCAGAGGCCAAUUUUAAAGGAAACGACCAGGAUGGGCUCCUCGCAGAUCAGCUCCUCUUCUGGAAACUCACCCUCUACUCUGCACACGUACUCCUUUUCAAGCUGUUAGAAAGUACAAAUAUAAAGGACAUUUUUGAGACCGCUAUGGCAAAUGCACCUUUGAUGCAUUACGGGAAAAGUAUGACAAAAGCUAAAGAACAUCUCCAGAGAAAUAUUACCAUUAUUGUCUAAACCCACUGGCAUAAGAAUGAGCACAUGUCAGUGGUUGUGCUGUGGAUUUAACCACGUGAAAGCGUCCUGAACGUACCCGUCUGUCUCUCACCAACUGGUCCAGUUUCUUUGAUGUCUCCAGCGUCCUGGCAAACAGCAGCACUCCCGAGGUGAGCCUGUCCAGUCUGUGGACUGUGUGGAGCUCAGAGAUGCCUCGCUCUUUUCCCAGGAUGAAAAUCACCGUGUUGUGGCGGAAACGGCCGCAGGGGUGGACCGGGAUGGAGGCGGGCUUGUUGACCACAAGCACUUCCCCGUCGUCCACCAGAACCUCCAGGGGUCUGCCGACUACAGGGGGCUCGUGGCGAUGCACCGUGUUCUUCAUGUGGUCAUUAUUCUGUGGAUGGUCACAAACACGUUUGUGAUACAGCAGAUCGCAUGAAACGGAUUUGGUUUAGUUACAUCUUUAAUGAGAGGAAUGGAGGUUAAACUUCUGGCAUGUGACAAAAAGUAUUCUGUCCUAACAAGAAAAGCUAGAGACACAUUUAAAAAGGCUAGGUCACAUUUAGAAACAUCAAUACAGCAGACAGACUUAAUAUCACUAUAUAGGAACUUAUUCUGUCAUUGAGCCAUGCUUACAAUAGCCUCAUGAUAACACUGGCACCUCAGACAUGACAUCAUACAUGGUG